AUGGCGCGGCCUCCACAUGGGUGCGAUGCCGCAUAUCCUGCGCGGAUGCUCAGAUAUGUCAUUCCAGCAUCCAUCGUUGGGCUUGUUGCGGUUGCUUGGCCAUGUGGCACAUUGGUUCGUUGGACAUCUGCGGCCCUCCUUCGGAUUGAGGGUCAAGACGACGAAGUUGGGACACUACCGUUGGACCCGGUGACGUGGGCGGUUAGCGUUCGCACGGAAGUUCGGGACAUGACCCCCUUCUUUGCUUUCUAUGCAUUGCGCUUCUUCUUCCUGGAAUGCAUCGCCGCUCCCGGCUUUGGUAUUGCCGUGUAUCAUGCUCUCAAUUCCGGAGAAAGGCACUUGCGUAUCACCCUUGUCGCUUCGGAAUGCGUUAAUUUUGUUUUGAGUUGGACCUUGCGAUUCAUGGGUCUUGCACUGCAUGUCAGCAUGUCGCUUGACUUCAGCGAAGGGUCUUGGCUCGUCUUCGGGAUGGGCGUCAGUUCCGUGCUUUGGCUUCCAAUCACAUCUGGGCUCUUCCUCAUGCUGGUUCCGCGCAGAGAGUGGCUGACGACAUUGCUCCUCAAUAUUCUCGUUACGAUUGUCUCUGUGGUAGUGUUCUACGGACGGGAUGUGACAUUGAAUGGGUACUUCGUCAUCGAGGGUGACCUUGCGCGUAUCUGCGUGGGCAUCGUUGCUCCAGCGGCUAUAACCAUGGUCAUCAUGGAGGUCUACUUUUUUCUUGCGUUCCACAUGCUCCAGUUUCGUUGCUUGCGGUCCGCGGCAGUGCUGAUGGGAGGGCCGUUUUGCUUCGGUUUGACUUUGGCUACCAUUUUGCAGCUGGGCUCCACCAGUGUCGUCUCUGGCGUUUGCAUCGAAUUUGGCUCUCUGCUUGUGGAGCUCAGGUUCAAGUACUGCUUGUUGUCGGGGACGACGCCGCUCCAGAGCUUGCGAGAUCGCUUGUGUUGCCUCGGGCGUUGCUGCAGCCACCGGAAAACGGGAAGGAUGAGCUUCGUUCACCCAGGGUUCGACAACAUCGUGUCUCUUGAUCCGACCGUCCUGGGCGCACAGCAAGCCAGCAGCGGAGAGCGGGCUGGCGAGACUCACGGCGACGCGGGCCCAUGCAGCAAGACAUUGGACAACGAUGGCCCCGAGAAG